UAUAAUUAAAAGGGGAAACUAAUUAAGAUAAUUAAGGAGUAUAUUUAAGAAGGGGAAAGUAAUUUUGUUGCCAAACCGGUAUUUUUAAUCAUGUGCUAGCCUAUCAGUUAUAAGUAGCCUGGAGACUGAUGGGCGAUAGGAUUAGCGUCCCAUUCUCACGUUGCUUCAAAUUCGCUUACUCCCCAAAAUUGAACAGGGAGGCUCUUCGUAUUUCGCACGUCGCUAGUGAAAAGAGGGAUAGGGACAGAGAUUGCAAACGGCGGGUUCUACCUUCUUCACAGUUUGAUGCACUUAGCAGAGUCACUUCUUCCUCGGUGUUAAGAAUUAAUAAGUUCCAAAGUUGAAAUCGCGGCGUUAGAAAUUGAUAUUUUUCCCGGGCAUCGUUGCAACAAGAAUAACUCAACAACGCCUACAGAGAAGGAGAGUCGGUCGGACCUUUUCCAGUUGCUGUCCCCGGAGAUUAUCAGUAGCUUCGUCACCGCUGCAGCCCCAUCGCGGAAACAAGACACAAUGUCAUCUGUCAAAGUUGAAUGUGUUGUGCCAGUUAACUGCGAGAUUGGAGAAUCGCCUGUGUGGGAGGAAAAGGACAAUUCCCUUCUUUUUGUAGACAUAACCGACCAAAAGGUCUAUCGGUGGCAUUCUCUCACUAAAGAAGUGCAAAGUAUUUCUGUGGAUGCCCCAGUGAGCACUGUAUCACUUCGUAAAUCUGGUGGCUACAUUAUUACAUGGGGAACCAAGUUUGCAGCUCUGGACUGGAAAAAGAAGUCCGUUACCACCAUUACUGAGGUGGAGAAGGAUAAACCCAACAACCGAUUCAAUGAUGGGAAAGUGGAUCCUGCAGGAAGACUAGUUGCAGGUACGAUGUCUCAGGAGAUUCGUCCUGCAGUGGUUGAACGGCACCAGGGCUCACUCUACACUCUCUUUCCUGACCAUUCUGUGGUGAAACAUUUUGACAAGGUGGACAUCUCCAAUGGUUUGGAUUGGUCUCUGGAUCACAGAACCUUCUUCUACAUUGACAGCCUUUCGUACCGUGUUGAUGCCUUUGAUUAUGACCUGCAAACCGGGAAGCUUUGCAACCGCAGGAGCAUGUAUGAAUUGGAAAAGGAAGAGGCCAUUCCUGAUGGGAUGUGUAUUGAUACAGAAGGGAAGCUUUGGGUGGCCUGUUAUGGUGGAGGACGGGUAAUCCGUAUAGAUCCUGAAACAGGAAAAAGAAUUCAGACAGUGAAGCUGCCUGUAGACAAUACAACUUCCUGUUCUUUUGGUGGAUAUGAUUAUUCAGAACUGUAUGUCACUUCAGCGUCUGCUGGACUGGAUGAGUCAUCUCUUGUACGACAACCCCAGGCUGGUGGCAUUUUCAAGAUUACUGGCCUUGGGGUGAAAGGAAUACCACCAUAUGCAUAUGCAGGUUAAAGAUGCAAAUAUCGAAACAAGGAUGGAAGAUGCAAAUAUCAAAACAAGGAUGGAAGGAAAUGACACCAUUGCAUCACUGCACAUUUUAUCUGUUUCUUUUUUAGAAGCUAUAGAAGGAUGGUAGACCAACAAGUACAGUAAGAAACUCCCAAGUCAUGAAUUCAGCCAUGAAUUGUGUCCAAUUUGCUUUUUUAUUAUAGCUAACUAAAAAUGUUUUUUCUUUCUGUUAAAUCAAUAUUUUAAUAAAU